UCAGAGUGUGAUCUUUCUCAAAGUUCUCACUGCUAUGUUAUUUACUGUUUCUGUGUUAAAGUCCUCAAAGACAGAUUGUAAAUGCAGGAAUGAAUGGAUCAUCAGCAUUGCAGCCAGCGGUUGAAAGCUAUUUCUUGGAGCUUGGCUCAGAUCAGGGAUGAAGCUAAAGGGCAUAUGGUAUCCAUUAAGCUCCAUCUGCCUGUUCCCACUUACUUGUGGCAGGAUGCUUCAAGAGUCCCAUCGGGGAGGAGAGAUAAGAGGCACCUGGCAGCUUCACUUCAUCUACUGGCUGGAAAUGAGGAGAGUUGAAAGCACAUGGCGUUUGAGAGUCGCGAUGCUGACACACAUUACUAACCCUCCCUUCAUGUGGGGCAACAGCAUGAACAGCCUUUCGCUGUCUAAUGAAGGUGAGAUAAGGACAUCCGGCCAGAGAAUGAGAGCUGAGAUGUGUUAUCUCUGAUUUCGUGUGCCAAUGAGGAGGAUCAAGUGUCUUUACGUCAUUUUAUUUUAAAUGAUGAAAUCUCAGAGGAAAAAAAUUGCUGUUAAUCGGUGCAUUUGGCUUCCUGUUUCUGUGAAGCUUUUCAGUGUCCUUUCCACUCUGGAGGAGCGGCUGUUCCGGGCAGAGCAGAUUCAGUGACAACUCUUCAGUUUAUUAAACCCCAUUGUUCUAAAGCUGAAGCAAGUUCUUCACCUUGAACCGGUUUUUAAAUCAGUGUGACUGCCGCUGCUUUCUCCUGUUGCCUUUGAAAAAGCCCAGCGAGCGCCAGGGAAUACAUGGCUCAGCACCUCCCACAUACCUAUCCGUGACAGCCUGGAAAUGCACCAUUGUCGCAGUUCUCACAAUCAUCCGACUGAAGUCAUUUGACAAUUAACCUCAUUCACAGCGGCUGCGACGUAAGGAAAUAACACAAAUUGUUAAUCGUUCAACAGGCUUCUCUUUGGACCGGUUGAACUUGCUUCAGUGAAGAUGAGACGGAGCUUGAAACUCAAGAUACAAAUUUCGUGGUGCAGUGCUUCAAGUUAAAGGAUAUUUAGACAUAAGGACUGAAGCAGAAAACACUUGAACAUACCAGGUGAAUGAUAAAGGAAGACUUCAAGAAUAAUGUGACAGGUUAAUUAAUGAAAAUACUGGAGAAUAAGGCAGCUGCCUGUGCACCUUUUAAAUAUAUCAGAAAUUCAUGAUCUAACAACACAAGUUACAAUAAUCUAAGUUUUACUCAAUGAGGAAGUGAUUUGAAAAUCAAAUUCUGGUAAUCACUUAUGCUAAAACAACCACUUAAGUGCCACCAAGGGAGCAAACGUAAUCAAUUUCAGUAUGUUUUCUAAUGUUAAUGGCUAAUUAUAAAUACCACAAAUGCAGAAAACAGAAAGCCAACAGUCUCAUGGGCCCAAAACUGUUUAUAUUGCAAAUAAAAACCGGUAUAAGUCAGAUGUUGUGGAAUCAGCUAAAGAGGAAAACAGAACAAAGGGCCAUAACAAUAGCUUGGAUCUGCUACCAGGAACUGCAAGACACACAGAUCCGCUCAGUGACAGGGUGCUGAACUGUAACAUGCAUCUAAACAACAGUAAUUCAGAAGAAACAAUUCAGUGUGAAACUGACAUAAACCAAACUGGUGGGAUUGAGGGAACUGGUGUGAACACAGCCACUGCAGUGGCUCCAGGGAAACAAUCACCUUUUGUAUCACUUACCUCGUCAGAUUACUGCUGCCAUCUGCAGGAGCUGUCUGUUGAAUCAAAUGCAGAAUCUACACAUGGAGAUAAAAUGGCAACAGGUAGGUGGGAGCAUCAGUCUGAAUCACAGUCAUUGGACCUCAACACAGGUUGUGAAAAAUAUUCUCUGGGAUCAUCUGUGGAACAAGAAUUUCCCAAAGAUGUGACAUUGUCAUAUGGUGUUAUCAGAUCUGGAGUUUGUGAUUCUGAGCUUCAGGAGAGCGCAAGAAGGAGGUUGUGCAUUCUAGAGAGUGAAAACAAGGAUAUCGUAGCAUUGUUUAAUGAAUUGUCAGCAAGACUAUUGUCCAUUCUUGCAGAAAAGGAUCGCUUUAUCCUCACCUUCAAAACUGUAGAAGAAAUAUGGAAAUUUACAACUUAUCUUUCCCUAGGAUUUGUUGGACGAUGUUUGGAGAACUUGUUGUUUGAUCAACACUUCUGGUUGAACGUUUCUCUUGUGGAAGAUGUAAAGAUUCAAGUUGAAGUGAAUGAAGCUGAUUUGUCAAUGAUGUAUCUGGAUCUUCUAUUACAGGAAGGGCCCUUCUUCACCAGAAUCUUAUCGAAUAUUCUGAAGAAUGAAGAGGAAGACGUGCACAUCUGCAAGGAUGACCUCAUCAUGCUUAAAGAUAUUGGAAAUACCUUAAAAUGGGAAGCAACUUCACUUUCGACCAAUGAAACGGGCCUUCUUCCGGUAUCUGCACCACAGGCUCUUCUCUACCCUUUUUACCAAUGGUUCCUGAAGGUCAGAGCAGGAAAAUUCAAUGGAUAUAAGGAAGCUAAACAGCACCGCUUUGCUCAGUCAGUCGGUACUGGUACCUGUGUUGCAACUAUGGAUUACCAAGAGGGUGAGGCAGAUGAAUUGCAUUUCAUUAAAGGAGAAAGAAUUCAGAUCAUCGGCUUCCUACUUUCUAACCUGCAGUGGGUUUUGGGAAAGUCUUUAUCUUCUGGAGAAACUGGGUUUGUCCAAAUAAGACACAUGCAACCUGACCAAUUCACAGCAUUGGCUGCCCAUCUCUUGUUUAUAAGCGAUGAAGAAAAAUCAUCUCUGGUUACCUUUAAAAAACCCGAUGAACAGCAUUGCAUCAAUCUUCUGAACAAGCUCUGCCAAACUGACAUCAACACAGUUUAUCGUUUAGGAGACCUCCUUCAUUCAACAUCGGCAAACCAUCUCCCUUCUGGUCUAGCUAGACUUGUUUGUGGAAGGAACAUUCCUGAGAUAAAUUCUUUUAAACCUAAGGAAUUUCAAGAAUUUGUUCCAGAGCCAGAUCAACUUGAUGAACCGACGUUCUGUAUAGACCGUAAUCUUGAAGGCUUGGAUGAUCCUGCAACCUUUGACCCUUUACUACUAUUCCUAAACCAUGAAGAAUAUGUGGUGCACUUCAAACAAUUCUAUGAUUUGUCCUUUUCCUUUGUAGGGUCUUCUUUAUAUGGGGUAACUGAAGAAAAAGAAGUAUUACAAUAUUUGGAAAUGGCAAGAGAGAUAGCCAAAAGAUACAACAAACAUUGGGCUUAUUCCAGAAUCUGUUUCCUUCUAGGAAGACUUUGUGCGAAAAGGCUCAGGUUCUCACAGGCCAGAGUUUACUUUGAAGAAGCAAUGACUCUGGUGCAAGGGUCAUUUUCUGACUUAUAUCUAUUGACUGCUUUGUAUGUAAACUUGGCUUCUGUGUACUUGAAGCUAAAAAUGAAAGAGAAAUCUCAUAACCUUGUUGAAAAGGCUGCAACUCUGCUCUUGUGCAUCCCUUGCCAUAUUUUUAGCUCGGAGAAUGAAUUGGAGAUACUUAACAUGAUGCUUAAAAAAGCGAUGAUUGCUGAUGAUCAUCUCCUGGAGGCACGUGUCUGUUUUCUGAUAUCAAAACUUUUUUUGGAAAUUGGAAAGUCUGAAGAAAUGUUGCCAUUUGCUGAACAUUUGCAGUUUCUUUCAAAUAAUUUUGGUUCAAAAAGCAAUAUAGUCCCAGUAGAUGUGUAUUUGAUCUUAAGCUCAAUAUAUAAGAAAAAAUGCUUACCAGAACUUGCACUAGCAGCAUUGAGACUUGCUCAACCUGGCUCAAGCAACACGUUGUUUGGUUCUCUGCAGAAGGCUGAUCUGGUCAUGGAAAUAGUCUCAAAAUCAAACUAUCCAGGGUAUUGUAGUUGUCAAAUAGCUACACAAGCUGCAUUUUACCUUCAAGAGGCUUCAGAUCUCUCAACCAAUGUGAGCGAUAUAAUCAUUCAGAGAGACUUGUAUUUCGCCUUGGCCAAUGUAUACCAGCAAUAUGAGUUAUAUGAAAGGGCAAUUGAUUUCAUGACAAAAUCUGCAGAAAUAGCAAAAUGCAUCAACGAUCGGGGAGCUUUCAGAAUCUCUCUUUUUCUUGCUUGGUUGUAUAUUUUAAAUAAUCAGCCUGUUGUGGCAUCUGGAAUAUUGAAUUCCCUUUUGGAAUCAUCACUUCAGACAUAUGGUCCUAUCGAGCUGGGAGUUGUUCAUAACAUGUUGGCAAUAUCAUUAAGAAGGAAAGGUACACUGAAGGAAGCUUUGGAAAACUGCCUGUGUGCAAUAAUGGCUGCAGAAGAGACUGGUAUAAAACAUAACCAAGCUAUUGCUAAUGCUAACUUUGGGUCUCUGACUCUGUGUUGUAAACAUUUAACACUGCCGGAACGCUACCUCAGGAAUUCUCUGAAUAUAUAUUUGGAAAUGCAAGACUGCAGCUUGGAAUCAGAUUGUGUGCAAGUCCUUCUUUGUUUAGGACAAUACUACGUGGACAGAGGCUUGAGGGAGAAUGGUAGACUGAAUUAUGAGCUAGCACUUCUUAUUGCCAUGAAAAUCAAUAGUAUUUAUUGCCAAAUUCAGGCUCUUGAACAACUCUGCAGUUUCUAUGAGAACAUUUUACACAAUAAACAGCAAUGUAGAAUAUAUUAUGAGCACUGGCUGACACUGUCCCAGAAGUUAAAGGACAAGGAGCAAGAGAUGAAAAUUUUGAAAAUUCUAAGCCAUCUUCACCUGUCUUUUAACACACAGAAUUCCUACAGAUUGUCAUUAGAUUAUACCAAACAGAACCUGAGGAAUUUUAUUGAUCUCGGAAUGCAUUACAAGGAAGCAGAGGCAUGGCUGCUGGCUGGAAAGCUAUAUUACCUGAUGGAAAAGUAUGAACUUGUUGAGCUGUACUUUCAGGCAGCUAUACAAACAGCACAACGAAUGGAGGAUCUGCACUUUAUAAUGAAAAUCAAUGAAGCAGCAGGGGAUGUGUUUUACAAUGGGCCUAGGGAGCGAGAGAAAGCAAUAUCAUUUUAUAGGACUGGGGCAAUACCGCUGGCUAGGAUGACAGGAGAUAUUGAUGCAGAGCUCAGACUUUUUAAUAAAUUGACUGAGCUUAGUAUUAUACUGAACCGUUUAGAACAAGCCCUAGAAUAUGCAAUUGCAGCUGUAAGACUCAGCAUAAAUACUGGAAGCCAACUGAAAGAACAAAUCGCUUUUUAUCGACUAGCAACAGUGUACUACUUAUACCAGCAGUAUGAGAUGGCUGAGAACUAUUACCUGAAGGCGUUGUCACUCAGUCCCUACACAUUGCAAUCUGAUAAAGAAGCAACGUACUACAUGAAGGUUUACUUGAGACUAGGUGACAUUACACUCCACAAACUCAAGGAUGCACAUGAUGCUGCUGGCUACUUCCAUUUGGCUUUUGCUGCAGCUACUGAAAUAGGGAACAAGCAAGAUUUGUUUACUGUUUCCACCAGACUUGCCAACAUUUAUAAGAACUACAUUGUAAAUGAAGAUCUGCAUUUGCAGUUUGUUCAGCAAGCCAAGGCUCUUAGCACUGAGUUACACAAAUGCAAAAAUAAUCCCGUGAACAAGCUAAUGUGAAGAUACAUAAGAUAUAGAAUGAACUCCUACUUCAACUCCAUUUACUACAGCCAUUAUUUGUUUGAAAGGAAUUGUUGUAUACAGAUGCAUUUACUUUCCUUUUACAUUCAAGAACAAGUAUGAAGACCAAAGACCCAUAUUGUAAGAUCAUCAGGGUUAAAAGCAAAAGGAUGUUACAAGCAUCUAAAUAAGUGGUAACUGGGAGAGGACAAGUCAAAUUCUAAGAGCCAGGGAAUUAAGCAGAAGAAAAGAUGGAUGGAAGAAGAUGCAAUCCACAGUUUUCAGUUUCUUGGGAAUAAUUAGAUCACAAUGAUUAUCAAGUUAUUUUGUUCUAUUCUGAUAACCAAAAUGAAAACCAGAAACAUCUAGUAGUGAUAGGAUUAAUGUUUUCUUCAGAUUAUUCUAUAAUAGUCAAAAUAAAUUAACACUGCUGAAUGCUUACAAUAGCCAGGCAGUUAGAGAGCUAGAUUAAUUGAGCACAGUAUUUUGGAAACAUUCCAAUAUUGUAGACUCCAAUAUGUUUAGUUUUACUUUUGUAAAUGAUUCUGAAUGCUAUGAUUAUUUAAGACAAAAAUUAAGAUUAUAUAUUGAGCUUAUAGAACUACAAAAUUCAGCAUGCUAACAAUGGUAACUUAUGAUUGCAUUAACAAAAAAAAAACUAUUGGUGCCAAUUUUUUCUAUAAUGCAUGCAAAAGUGCAAGUGAAGAUAUAUGGCUGCUUCAUAUAAAAAUAAGCUGGAGUUCAUGAUGGCCCUAUGAAAUCAAAAGUUCUUUUUAAAAACUGCCAUUUUGGAAAAACAACACUACAAGACAUAUUCACAGUAAUACAACAUUCUUACCUCAUUCCUGACAAGCUGUCAUAUCUAAUCUGCCUUUCUUUUCAUUUUUUUACCUAUUGGGAGAUCCUCAAAUAGAUGCAUUUAGAAAUGUAGAAAUAAUUAUUGUAAAUUUGCUCUUUUCCUGAACUCUUUAUAUGACAAGUACUUGAACAUUCCCCUCCAAAAGGUGUUCACCUCUAAGUACCACACUUUGUAUAUGCAACAGUGACAUACAGUCUUACUAAGAAUACACUUCAGGGAAAACAAGUAUUAGAUUUUCUCUUAAACUGAGAUAUAAUAUCAUGAAAUCCACAAAAGAUAUGGAAUAAAUAUUUGACUGAGAAUAUUAUCUUCAGCUAAAUUACUUACAUUUAAAACAAUUUGAAUAUGAUUAGUUUUGUGAAACAGCCAAAAAAAUUCAAAGUCUUGUAUGUGCCACGGAUAUAAAUGGAGAAUGAGUGUAAGCAGAAAUUCCACAGAUGUAAUGAUCCUAUCAUUUUUGAUAGUAAAGAGUGACCUGUGAAGAUACACCAUAAGUUAUAUGGGCGGCACAGUGGUUAGCGCUGCUGCCUCACAGUGCCAGCGACCCAGGUUCGAUUCCUGCCUUAGCCGACUGACUGUGUGGAGUUUGCAUAUUUUCCCCAUGUUGUUGUGAGUUUCCUCCCACAGUCCAAAGAUGUGCAGGUCAGGUGAAUUGGCCAUGCUAAAUUGCCUGUAGUGUUAGGUGUAGGGGUAUGGGUGGGUUGGUGUGGACAUGUUGGGCCGAAGGGCCUGCUUCCACACUGUAAGUAAUCUAAUAAAUUAAUCUUGUAAGAAAGUUCUUGUCAUGGUACUAGUUUCAUUUCAUCAACCAACUCUGGUAGCUAUAGAAAUUAGACAGCUAAUUUCUCUUUUAUAUUAUUGUAAAUAUCAACUGACUUGUGCAAGCUUGAGAAAAAAUGAAAAUACGAUUUGCAGAGAAUGAGGAUGAUGUGAACAGUGUAGAUUGUUUAAUAUUUGAUACAUGAUAGGUCAAAUCUAUCAUUACCUAACAGUAAUGUGAACACAGUAUUUUUAUAUUAAAAUGUUUUAUCUAACAAAAUAAAAACUUUCUUUUAUAUUUUUAUAUCAUAAGAUGGGCAACUGUUGAAAUACUAUCUUUGAUUGAUAACAAUAUCAUGGCAGAAGAUCAUGCAAUUAUUAUAAUACAUUAUAAUGUCAAAUGUAGGAUCAAAGUGUUUUUUUAAUGAUAACCAAUACAUUUGAACAAUGUUUUGUAAGGUUUUAGGAUAACUUUUCUCUUUGAUUUUCAUAAAAGAUUUGAUCUCGGUUGCACAGCAAAUUGUAUCUUAGAUCAGUAACUGUACAGCUGUCAGCAAAACAAACUUGAAUUAUUUCUCACAAUUAAUAUGUCAGUACACCUAAAAAGGAUAUGUUGACAGUAUCAUCGCUACAACAUAGCAUGGGACUUGAGUGUAUAAAGAUCUCAGACUCCAUCUUAAAUGGGAGCCACUUGAAGAAUGACAUGCUGAUGGAAGUACACCACUCUUUGUAGCUGAAUAGCUCAAUAUUAGCCAAGAUAUGGAUAUGACUUUGAAUAUAUUGCUGUAUACAUUAAUGAACUGUAAUAAAUAUCUGGCAGGUCUU